AUGAACCACACAGACAGGCACUGGAACACUUCUCCCUCUGCCCCGCCACCACAGUCACAGUCCACUGUGGAUGUUUUCAAGUGCUCCCUGAAUGACACCGUGAACAACAUUUCAUCCUCUAUCCCACCUACCCACCGUAACUUCCUCAUGUACAAACACUGCAGGACAUUCUCCCGCCUGCUGUCUCCUAUACCCUGUCAGAAAGACCUCUUUCUCCUGCUGGCAGUUAAGUCCACAGCCAUCCAGGUUGAUCGCAGGUCUGCACUUCGGAACACAUGGGGGAAGAAGGGAUAUGUUCAGGGUAAAAAGGUGAAACUAUUGUUCCUUGUAGGUAAGUCUUCAGACACAAUACAGGGUUACCCGCUGCAGCAGGUACUGGAGUGGGAGAGCAGAGAGUUUGGGGACAUCCUGCAGUGGAAUUUUGACGACAGUUUUUUCAACCUGACCCUAAAGGAGGUCCACUUCCUCAAAUGGUUCAGCCUGGAGUGCCGCUGGGCACACUAUGUGUUCAAAGGGGACGAUGAUGUUUUUGUUCACACCAGCAAUCUGGUGGAAUAUGUUAAGGACAACAAGCCCUCUGAGCAACUGUAUGCUGGGAACAUCAUGUCUGGCUAUCCAGUCCGGGACAAACAAAGUAAAUAUUUCAUACCAGUGGAGAUGUACCCCGACAAGCCUUAUCCUCUAUACGCUGGGGGUGGGGGCUACCUGAUGUCAAAUCAGACUGUGCUGAGUCUGGAAGUGGCAGCGUCCAGCAUUGACCUCUUCCCCAUUGAUGAUGUCUUUGUGGGCUUGUGCCUACAGAAGAUGAACAUCACGCUGACGCAUCACUCUGGCUUUAAGACCUUUGGGCUCGAAAAGGGGGUGACACACUUCAACCCCUGCAUUUACAGGGAGCUCAUGGUGGUGCACAAACUGAAUCCCACAGAGAUGUGGACAAUGUGGUCUCUACAGCGGGACCCAAAGCUGCAAUGCUUUACAUCAAGGACGUGA